GAUUUGAAUGAGAUUUGAGACCUCUGGGUACGAGAGGAGGAAUCUUUUGUCUUUCAUUCCGCUCUCUUUAUAGAAGUCAGAGCUGAAGCUACUGAGAUUUUAAACAGUAUUUGUAAGGAUUUUUUUUUUGCGACCAGAAAGUUUAUGAUUACUGGGUUUGUAGUGGUAGAAAGCUUGGAUAUUUGAUUUUUUUUUCACUAGUGAAGGAUUGUCCAUCUUUAGUGGGUUUUUAAUCACUCUAUUAAGUCCUUGAGUCCCACUUCAGAAAACCUGAGUUCUGUUAUUGGAAAUUUUAUGAUACUCAGAGCUUGAAAGCGGGGUUACGAUCUCAACUAGGUUUUCUCAUAUUUACAGUAUUUCCUUUUGCAGCGGCCAGUUUAUGGUUCAAUUGAACUUUCCACGAUUGUGACUUUCAUUCGAAGUUGUGAAAUUUUGUCCAAAAUGAGAGAAGAUUAUUCUUGGGAGAGCCGACCAAAGCCUGGUAAGUUUGCAGAUCAAAACCAGAUAGUGAGGGCUAAUGCGAAAGUCAGUAGUAACUCGUCCAAGCUAAAAUCUGCAUCUGCUUGGGGUUCAAACAUUGUAAAAGGCUUCUCUGCAGAUAAGAAAAGCAAACAGCAGACAACAGUCCUAAGCAAGAAACUUCCUCUGACCAGCUCCGAAAUCCGUACUCAGAAGAACGCAUUGCUGCCUCACCACUCCCGUGUCAAGCGGUCUCUUAUCGGAGAUUUUCCAUGUUCAGCCAACCCUGCUCAAGUUCACCCCCACACUUUUGAUUUCCAGAGGACGAAGUCCAAUGGGUCUCGUGAUUUGUUUAUUGAGUUGGAUCACCUGAGGACUUUAGUCCGAGAAUCCAAGGAAGGAGAAUUGAAAUUGCAGGCUGAGCUGUUGGAAUAUAAGAAAAACCCAAAAUGGACGGAUCUCGAAAUGGAACUGGAAUUAAAGAGGACUGAAGUUGAAAAUCUCAUCCAGAAAGUAGGUUCAUUAGAAGCUGAGAGAACAAGGCUCUAUCACCAACUUUCCUCUUUACCUUCUAUCUUACAAAGCCAGGAGGAAGCAAUCAGAAGAGAAGAUCAUGAAAACGCAACUGCGUCACAGAGGAAUCUCGAGAUGGAAGUUGUUGAGUUGCGACGCCUAAACAAGGAGCUCCAGUUUGAGAAGAGGAAUCUUGCAUGCCGGCUUUCUUCUGCCGAGUCGCAACUGGCUGCUCUUGCAAAGGUUUCAGAGAGUGAGAUUGUAGCGAAGGUUGAAGCCGAAGCAUCCCUUCUUAGACACACAAAUGAGAACUUGUGCAAACAAGUUGAAGGUCUGCAGAUGAGUCGGUUGACUGAGGUUGAAGAACUUGCAUACCUUAGAUGGGUCAAUUCGUGUCUACGAAAUGAAUUGCGCAACUCAGGAUCCACUGCAGCUUCGGAUAAGUCACUGAGUCCCAGGUCAAUCGGUAAGGGCAGUGAAUGUAUGAGCUCCAUUUCUGCUCUAUCGAAAGAGUCAUUAGAGUUAAGUAGUGCAUCGAAACUGAAUUUGAUAAAGAAGUUGAAAAGUUGUUCUAGAAUCGAGGAAGGUAUACCAAACUUAGAAUGCGCAGAUCAUGCCCUAUACAAAAAUUGGGUGGAAGCCCAAGAAGGGGGAAGCCCCAGAAGAAGACACUCAAUAAGUGGAUCAAAAUUCUGUCAUGAGGACAUGGAAACUAACAAGAGAAGGCAGUCUGAUGGGUUUGCAGGCUCACAAGAAGCAGAGAGGGAAGGAGUUCGAAUGGUUGCUCUAAAAUAUGAUUUGGGUGUUGUUCAGAGUCCACAGUUCCUUGCUAACAGACCUGAAACUAACAAAAUUACAGCUUCUUUUGAUAUUGAGAAACGGGCCCUACGCAUUCCUAACCCGCCUCCAAAGCCUUCUGGUUCCUUUUCUACCGCUGUAAAGCAAAACGGUUUAGCUCCAGCUCCACCACCACCACCACCACCUCCACCACCGCCACCUCCACCAAAGUUUUCAAUAGGAAGUAGCACAAGUCUGGUUCAGAGGGCUCCGCAAGUAGUUGAGUUUUAUCAUUCACUUAUGAAAAGGGAGUCGAGAAGGGAAUCUUCCAGUGGAGGAAUUUGUGAUGCUCCAGAUGUUGCAAAUGUUCGCAGUAGCAUGAUUGGUGAGAUUGAGAAUCGGUCAUCCCAUUUACUUGCUAUAAAGGCAGAUGUUGAGACUCAAGGUGAAUUUGUGAACUCAUUGAUUAGAGAGGUCAAUAAUGCAGUUUAUCAGGACAUUGAAGAUGUUGUGGCAUUUGUGAAGUGGCUCGAUGAUGAACUUUGUUUUCUUGUGGAUGAAAGGGCAGUCCUAAAGCACUUUGACUGGCCAGAGAAGAAAGCUGACACUUUGCGAGAAGCAGCAUUUGGGUAUAGAGAUCUGAAGAAAUUGGAGUCUGAAGUGUCAUAUUAUGAAGAUGAUCAUCGGCUACCCUGUGACAUUGCAUUGAAGAAGAUGGUCACUUUGUCAGAGAAGAUGGAGCGCACUGUGUACAGCAUUCUCAGGACAAGAGAUGUGUUGAUGCGUCACUGCAAGGAGUAUCAUAUUCCAACGGAUUGGAUGCUCGACUCGGGGAUUAUUAACAAGAUAAAGCUUGGAUCAGUCAAGUUAGCAAAGAAUUACAUGAGAAGGGUGGCGAUAGAACUUCAAUCCAAGGGAGCGUCAGACAAGGAUUCUUCAUUAGAGUAUAUGCUACUCCAAGGAGUGAGAUUUGCUUUCAGAAUACAUCAGUUUGCAGGAGGAUUUGAUGUAGAAACAAUGCAAGCAUUUGAGGAGCUUCGCAAACUAGCACAUGUCCGUAAUUCAAAAUAGACAAAAAGGAAAAUAGAAAAAGAGGAAAACAAAAAUGUCCAGCUUACCAUCUCAGUAAGCAUCAUUUAGUAUAUACGGGUGCAAGUGUUAAGUGUGUAACUGGUAGCAAAGUAGUAGAAAUGGGAAAAUAAGACAGAAAGAAGAAUGUUGGAGUUGCUGAAUAUUUGACAGUUACAUAAUAGAGAGCUACAGAGCUUGAUGAGAGUUUUGCUUGUAACUCUCUUUUUUCUUUUUGGAUUUCACAUUCAUCUGAUAUAUGGGCUUCUUUUCCUUUC